UCGUCCAGUCUGAUAGUGAGGAGAAACAAGCGAUUUUCUGGAAGUUCGGACAACUGGACAACAACAGAGAUGGUAUUCUAAGACGAAAAGAAGUGCGUGACCUCCAGAGAAUGGCCAAAAAAAUAGUGGAACCGCGACUGUGCGCUAAAACUUUCAGGAGACAUUGUGAUUUUGACCAUGAUAAGAAGAUCUCCUUGAGCGAAUGGACGUCUUGUCUUUUAAUGGACAUCAAUCAUGAGCAGGUUGAAGCUGAAACUGGAGUGAAAGAUCUGUCUGUUAAAGAAAGCAGCCACGAGAUUAGGCCUUGGAAAGAUCCACAUCAUCCUGUAGAACAACCCGAAACAAAAACUUCGUAUCCAAGUCCUAAGGAAGAAGAACUUCAAGAUUGUCGAAGCGCCCGGAAGAGGGCGCAGGAAAACCUUGAUAAUACCUACAUUCCUAGAUGCAAGAAACGAAAUGGCCUGUACAAAGACAUCCAGUGUUUCAAUCCAAAAAACAAGCCGGUAACAUGUUGGUGUGUUAGCCCUAAAAAUGGAAAACCAGUCCCCAGGACAACAACUCACGGUGGUCGGCCACCCUGUAAGAAGAUGAAAAAAAUGGCUAAAAUAUUUAAAGGGUGUCAAAUUAGAAAGAAGCAAAUAUUUUUGACACAGUUUAUUGAAUUUAUUACUGACGAAAUGUUGGAUUCUACAAAAAACGUGUCACUGAGCACGACAGGUAGACCAACCAGACUGCAAGCAGCAAGGUGGAAGUUCAACCAGUUGGAUCUAAGUAACAAUCAGAUGAUAGACAGGAAAGAAAAGGAAGAAAGGGGAUUUAAAAGUCAAUGGAAAUUUUUCCGGAAGUCUCGUGCAGCUCAUAAGGGACUGAAGAAAUGCUGGCGUAAUUUCUUGAGAUUUUGUGACAAAUUUGGAAACAACGACAGAAAAAUUUCAAUGUCAGAAUGGUUGGAUUGUACAGAAACAAAAAAAGCGAACAUCUCUACACGGACGAAACCUAAUCGACAUAGGCCUCACCCAUUUAUAGAUUUAUUGAAAGAUUAGCAUGAGAUUUCCAAAGUUCGAUUCCAAAAGUUAAGAAAAUCUGUAGGAAGAAAGUUUGUGUACGAUUAAGUUAUGCACUUUAGUGAAGCCUAUUUGUGUCCAAAUGGUACGGCCAAAACAGAAGAGUACAGAAGUAAACAUUUCAUAUCCAAUAGAAAAUUACAGAAAGUGUACUAGCUGUAAAACUAUCAGCAUCGCUACCAGAUUCGAUUGUACUGAGUGCUUUAACCCUAAUCAAGCCUAAAACUAUCAGCAUCGCUACCAGAUUCGAUUGUAUUGAGUGCUUUAACCCUAAUCAAGCCUAAAACUAUCAGCAUCGCUACCAGAUUCGAUUGUAUUGAGUGCUUUAACCCUAACCAAGCCUAAAACUAUCAGCAUCGCCACCAGAUUCGAUUGUAUUGAGUGCUUUAACCCUAACCAGGCCUAAAACUAUCAGCAUCGCUAGUAAAGAUUCGACUGUAUUGAAUACCCUAACCCUAAUCAAGGCCACAAAUGUCAUUUACGCUUUCUGUUUUACAGUGGGAAGAUAUUUUUAUAACUGAAAGAAUUGUUUCAGUUUUACCUACAAGUGCCUAAUUCAUUUUAAGUGCCAUAUUUGAUAA